UCUCUCUCUCUCUCCUCCCUCUAGAUAAGUUCUUCAAAGCUCUCUCUCUCUCUCUCUCUCUCUCUCUCUCUCUCUCAAUGGCUUUCCGAAAUGGAGAUAGCUCGAAUGGGCUGAUCAUAAGCUUUGGAGAAAUGCUGAUUGAUUUCGUUCCAACGGUCUCUGGGGUCUCUCUAGCUGAGGCUCCAGGCUUCCUCAAGGCCCCAGGUGGUGCGCCUGCAAACGUGGCGAUCGCCGUCGCUCGUCUUGGUGGCCAAUCGGCCUUCGUCGGGAAGCUUGGCGACGAUGAAUUCGGCCACAUGCUGGCCGGCAUCUUGAAAGAAAACGGCGUCAACACCAACGGUAUUCUCUUUGAUGAAGGCGCCCGAACCGCACUCGCAUUCGUGACCCUAAAAGCAGACGGCGAUCGUGAGUUCAUGUUCUACAGGAACCCGAGCGCCGAUAUGCUCUUGAAAGAAUCCGAACUCAAUCUCGAGCUUAUUAGAACGGCUAAGAUCUUCCAUUUCGGAUCGAUAAGCUUGAUUGCCGAGCCUUGCAGAUCGGCCCAUCUACGGGCGAUGAAGGUGGCUAAAGACGCCGGCGCGCUGUUAUCCUAUGAUCCAAAUCUCAGGCUGCCAUUGUGGCCAUCGGCCGACGAGGCGCGGGAGCAGAUCAUGAGCAUAUGGGAUCAGGCAGACAUCAUCAAGGUCAGCGACAAUGAGCUUGAAUUCCUGACGGGGCAUGAAACACUCACCGACGAUGUCGCCUUGUCGCUGUGGCAUCCAGGGCUGAAGCUCUUGCUGGUCACAUUCGGGGAGAAGGGUUGCAAAUACUACACUAAGAAUUUCCGAGGAGCCGUCGACGCAUUCAGUGUAAAAACAGUCGAUACAACUGGGGCCGGCGAUGCAUUUAUCGGCGCCAUGUUGUGCAAGCUUGUCCAUGAUCUAUCUGUGAUUGAAGGGGAGGGAAGUUUAAGGGAAAUGUUGAAAUUUGCAAAUGCUUGUGGAGCUAUUACAACUACCAAGAAAGGAGCAAUCCCUGCUUUGCCAACUGAAGCAGACGCCCUCAAGCUUAUAAAAGGGGCAUAAGAAAGCUUUUGUUGUUUUUUGUUCUCCCUUUUUUCAUGUGUUUUGGUAAAAGGUGUUUGGAUUUUGAUUGAAAUUCAAGAUGCCCGUGACACAAUUUUCUUUUGGUUUUUCUUUUGAUACAAUAAAAGAAUUUGUGUGAAUUAAUCAA